AAUAUUUAAAGUGGUUGACAAAGGUACCUGUGAUACGGUUUCCUACAUAAGAAUUGUAUCUCACAGAUUCCUUAUACUUCGGUGUACUCCCAGAGUCCAGAGACUACAAUGGGAGUAUGGAAGUACAAUGGGAGCACGGGAGCACGUGUUUUCCUCCUUGCUGGGCUCUCAUGUACUCCCAUUGUACUUCCGGAGUCCAGGGAGUACAACGGAAGUACGGGAGUACAGCGGAGUAUAGAGAGUACUGGAGUACAUGGUGUUGUUCUUGAGAAAUAGGAAUAUCUAAAGUGGUUGACGAAGGUAUCUAUGAUACGGUCUCCUACAUAAGAAUUGUAUCUCACACACUCCUUGUACUUCGGUGUACUCCCGGAGUCCAGAGAGUACAAUGGAACUACGGGAGUACAGUGGAGUACAUGGAGUACGGGAGUACGUGAUUUCUCCCUUGCUUUCACGUUACAGUGUUAAAGUGUUAAAGUAUGUUACUUUAACUUUGGCUUUUACGUUAAAGUUAACGUUAAACUCCCACUCGUAUGUUGGACUCCCUGUACUCCCAUGUACUCCCGGAGUCCAGAGAGUACAAUGGCAGUACGGGAGUACAAUGGGAGUACGGGAGUACGUGUUUUCCCCCUUGUUUUGAAUUCAUAGUUCUGUUUAUAGACAUGAGUCCUACAAAUCUGAAAGUUUAAUUCCAUUACGAUAAAGUCAAUGUAAAGUCUUGCACACUCUCGCAAGAAGCAUCCUAUUUUUAUGAAAUUUUUUUCAAAGUAAACCUGAUUGUCCUGGCGGUGGUGAUGAAUCACCAUUAUGUAAUAAUGAUCAAUGUUCAAUUGAUAAUGGUGGCUGUAGUCAUACAUGUCAUCGAUCACCAUUUGGUGCUUUAUGUCUUUGUCAACCCGGCUUUCAUGUACAAAAUACAACAAAUUAUAAAAAAUGUGAAGAUAUCAAUGAAUGUAUAGAAAAUCCAAAUGCAUGUCAUCAAUAUUGUUUAAAUACAAAUGGAAGUUUUAUGUGUUCAUGUGCUGAAGGUUUUGUAUUGCAAUCAGAUGGACAUAGUUAUGAAACUGGUAUUCGUUUAUUAACUACACGUCAAUCAAUAAUGGAAUGGUUUUCACCAACACUACGAACUUAUGGUCAAAUUAAUCUUGGUCCCAAUAUGCGUUAUAUAAUUGCAUUUGAUAUUGAUAAUCGAACAAAUACAUAUUUCUGGUCUGAUUUAGUAACAAACAUAAUCUAUAGUCGAACAGAGCGAGCAAAUAACUAUACUAAACUUAUUACAAGUGGUAAUAGUUUUAUAGCUGAUAUGGCAUUUGAUUGGAUUGGACGUAAUUUAUAUUGGACAGAUUAUAUGCUUGAACAUGUUGAAGUGUCAACAAUGGAUGGUCGUUAUCGUCGAAUAUUAUUUCAUGAAAAUUUAACAAAUCCAUGGUCAAUUGCUGUUGAUCCACGUGCUGGCUUACGAUAUUUAUUUUUAACUGAUUGGGGUAAAAAUCCACGCAUAGAACGUGCUAGUAUGGAUGGUCAACAACGUCUAAGUAUUGUUAAUGAUUCAAUUGAAAUGCCAAUUGGUUUAACACUUGAUUUAAUACGUCAAGAAAUUUAUUUUACAGAUCACCAUUUAAAUUUUAUUGAAGUUGUUAAUUAUAAUGGUGAAAAUCGACGAAAAAUCUUAGCUAAUUCACAUUUUUUACAUGGACCAAUAUCAAUAAAUGUUUAUGAACAAUAUCUUUAUUGGUAUGAUUCAUUUUCAAAUGAAGUAAGACGUUUAAAUCGUUUUGAACAUGGUAUAAAAGCACAAAAACACGAAAGAAUUUUAUCAAGAUCAGGAAUAAUUUCAAUGAAAAUGUCACAUCAAAUUUAUCAACCAUAUGAAACAAAUCCAUGUCAACAACAAUCUCGUUGUACGCAAUUAUGUCUUCUCUCUCAUACUGCACCAUUAGGUUAUACAUGUGCAUGUUCAACUGGCUAUAUUCUUGAACAAGAUCAAAUUACAUGUGCAAAAGAUCAUUCACCAUUUAUUAUUUAUAUGAGACGUGAUACAAUUGGUGGUAUUAG